AUGUCUCACUACCGGUCGCACGUCGUCAACGGUGCCGCGUUUAUCGUCUUCGUCGUCGUCGGUGUCGUCGCCGUCGUCGGUGUCGGAGCCUCGCCCGCCAGAGACGGCCGAUCGCCAAGUCAGCCAAAGUCAGCGUCCGCCACAAUCAGCUACCAGCACCAUCAACCCAGUGCCUCAACCGCAGAUGCAGAGUCAUUCAACCCGCUACCGGCCGCUGCUGCUGUGCGCGGAGUUGCUGCGUUUCCUGAUGGUGGUGAACCGGUUUUCGUCCCGACGCUACCGUUACCGGAGAAACUAGUUCUCGAGCAACGUCACCCGGCGGCCCAGAAACUGUAUCCGAACUUUUUCCGCAACAUUCCGCCACUGGGCCAUUCGCGGCCGUACUACCAGCCCAACGAUGCCAUCAUCGAUCAGCGGUACAACGGCAAGAUCCGGGUGGCCGCGGGUGGUGGCCUACCGGCCGGUGGCGCCGUCCUGCCGGAGGUAGUGACCGCAGCAGCGGCUGCAGGCUCAUCGUUGCUCGGGUCCGGUGACUUCGGUGUGAUCAAAGGCGGUACAUUCUACUACGAUACCGACGUGCCACAGAAAGGUGGCGGCUACAUUGACGACUUCUACGGGCUCGGCUUCGCCAGCAACAGCAACAACGGUCACGGGCGACCCCAGCUCGCCUAUCUGGUACAGAAGGCCGCCGCCGCCGGUCCACCGAAGGAGGAACAGUUCUCGAACUUUCGCGACUUCGCCGACAUCAACAUCUCCAACGAUCCGGCGUACUCCCAGCAGGCGCCGCGGUACCUGUACCUGCCGGCACCGAAGGAUGCCGAACCGAGCGGUGACUCCCGCAACACGACCGAGCGCGCCCCCGACAACAUACUCGAUGAGCUGCGCUCGCUCGACCGUGGGUCGCCCCCGGCAGCCGAUCCCACCAGGGUCACCAACCGGGACACGGGGGUGCGGGCGAAGCUUAAAAAGGACCCGCUGCUCACUGUGCGCAAGAAGCGACCGAAGACUGAAGUCCGCGACCAGCAGCCAGACAGCAAGUCGGCCAGCGACGGUGGCGACGACUACAUGGUGGCCGCCAGUUAG